GCAUUUCCCAGCAUUCCUAGAGACGGUGGCCGUAAAGCGCGGUGGUCGAACGGCCGGUUCCGGGGGAAUGUCAGUGCGGGGCUGUGGGCCGGGGAGGAAGGUGGUUGGCUGUCCCUCCACCGCCUCCUCCGCUGCCUCCUCCGCUUGUGCUGCUGCCGCCGGCGCUGGGCCGCUGGGCUAGUCAGGCAUGAGACGGUGAGGCGAGCGACGAACCGGGACCGCCGACAUGUUUGGCCGCUCGCGGAGCUGGGUGGGCGGGGGCCAUGGCAAGUCCUCCCGCAACAUCCACUCGUUGGACCACCUCAAGUAUCUGUACCAUGUUUUGACCAAAAACACCACAGUCACGGAACAGAACCGGAACCUACUAGUAGAGACCAUCCGCUCCAUCACUGAGAUUCUGAUUUGGGGGGAUCAAAAUGACAGCUCUGUAUUUGACUUUUUCCUGGAGAAGAAUAUGUUUGUUUUCUUUUUGAACAUCCUGCGGCAGAAAUCGGGCCGUUACGUGUGUGUUCAGCUGCUUCAGACCUUGAACAUCCUCUUUGAGAAUAUCAGUCACGAGACGUCACUUUAUUAUUUACUCUCUAAUAACUACGUAAAUUCUAUCAUCGUUCAUAAAUUUGACUUUUCCGACGAGGAGAUUAUGGCAUAUUAUAUAUCGUUCCUGAAAACACUUUCGUUAAAACUCAAUAACCACACUGUCCAUUUCUUUUACAAUGAGCACACCAAUGACUUUGCCCUGUACACAGAAGCCAUCAAAUUUUUCAAUCACCCUGAAAGCAUGGUUAGAAUUGCUGUAAGAACCAUAACUUUGAACGUCUAUAAAGUGGAUAACCAGGCCAUGUUACACUAUAUCAGAGAUAAAACUGCUGUCCCUUACUUCUCCAAUUUGGUCUGGUUCAUCGGGAGUCACGUGAUCGAACUUGAUAACUGUGUGCAGACUGAUGAGGAGCACCGGAAUCGGGGGAAACUGAGUGACCUGGUGGCUGAGCACCUGGACCACCUACACUAUCUCAAUGACAUUCUGAUCAUCAACUGUGAGUUCCUCAAUGAUGUGCUCACAGACCACUUGCUCAACAGGCUCUUCCUGCCCCUCUACGUGUACUCUCUGGAGAACCAGGACAAGGGAGGAGAACGACCGAAAAUCAGCCUGCCGGUGUCCCUCUAUCUUCUGUCACAGGUGUUCCUGAUUAUACACCAUGCACCGCUGGUGAACUCAUUAGCUGAUGUCAUCCUAAAUGGUGAUCUGUCUGAGAUGUAUGCUAAGACUGAACAGGAUGUUCAGAGAAGUUCUGCUAAGCCCAGCAUUCGGUGCUUCAUUAAACCCACUGAGACGCUGGAGCGGUCCCUUGAGAUGAAUAAGCACAAGGGCAAGAGGCGGGUGCAGAAAAGACCAAACUAUAAAAACGUCGGGGAAGAAGAAGAUGAGGAGAAAGGGCCUGCUGAGGAUGCCCAGGAAGAUGCUGAGAAGGCUAAAGGUACAGAGGGUGGUUCCAAAGGCGUCAAGACGAGUGGGGAGAAUGAAGAGAUUGAGAUGGUGAUCAUGGAACGCAGCAAGCUCUCGGAGCUGGCCGCCUGCACCUCUGUACAGGAGCAGAACACCACUGACGAGGAGAAGAGUGCUGCAGCCACCAGCUACGAGAGUGCGCAGUGGAGCAGACCCUUCCUGGAUAUGGUGUACCAUGCCCUGGACAGCCCAGAUGAUGAUUACCACGCUCUCUUUGUGCUCUGCCUCCUGUACGCCAUGUCUCAUAAUAAAGGCAUAGAUCCUGAGAAAUUAGAGCGAAUCCAGCUCCCAGUGCCGAAUGCAGCCGAGAAGACCACUUAUAACCACCUCCUGGCUGAGAGACUCAUCAGGAUCAUGAACAACGCUGCCCAGCCAGCCCCUGUGUCCUGGGCCACCAACACUCUCCUGCCUGCUGCAGCUGGGCCUUCAGCUCUGGGUCUCCUCCCCCUCCCUCCAGGUGGCCCAAGGCUAUCUUGGGAGAGCAAGGAAAGAAGAUUGGAAGAUGGAAAGAUCCGGCUGGCGACCCUGGAGCUCAGCUGCUUGCUCCUGAAGCAGCAAGUCCUGACCAGCUCCGGCUGCAUCAUCAAAGACGUGCACCUGGCCUGCCUGGAGGGUGCAAGAGAAGAGAGCGUUCACCUUGUUCGACAUUUUUAUAAGGGAGAAGAAAUCUUUUUGGACAUGUUUGAAGAUGAGUACCGGAGCAUGACAAUGAAGCCCAUGAAUGUGGAAUAUCUCAUGAUGGACGCCUCCAUCCUGCUUCCUCCAACAGGCACGCCGCUAACAGGCAUUGACUUUGUGAAGCGGCUGCCAUGUGGUGACGUGGAGAAGACCCGGCGGGCCAUCCGGGUAUUCUUCAUGCUGCGUUCCCUGUCACUGCAGCUGCGAGGAGAGCCUGAGACCCAGUUGCCACUGACUCGGGAGGAGGAUCUGAUCAAAACAGAUGAUGUCUUGGAUCUGAAUAACAGUGACUUGAUCGCCUGCACAGUGAUCACCAAGGAUGGAGGCAUGGUCCAGCGAUUCCUGGCUGUUGAUAUUUACCAGAUGAGUUUGGUGGAGCCUGAUGUGUCCAGGCUUGGCUGGGGAGUGGUCAAGUUUGCAGGCCUUCUGCAGGACAUGCAAGUGACUGGUGUGGAUGAUGACAGCCGUGCCCUGAACAUCACCAUCCACAAGCCUGCAUCCAGCCCCCAUUCCAAGCCCUUCCCCAUCCUCCAGGCUACCUUCAUCUUCUCAGACCAUAUCCGCUGCAUCAUCGCCAAGCAGCGCCUGGCCAAGGGUCGCAUCCAGGCGAGACGCAUGAAGAUGCAGAGGAUAGCUGCCCUUCUGGACCUCCCAAUCCAGCCAACAACCGAAGUCCUGGGGUUUGGGCUUGGCUCCUCCUCUUCCACCCAGCACCUGCCUUUCCGCUUCUAUGACCAGGGCCGCCGGGGCAGCAAUGAUCCCACAGUGCAGCGCUCUGUGUUCGCAUCCGUGGACAAGGUGCCAGGCUUCGCCGUGGCCCAGUGCAUUAAUCAGCACAGCUCCCCAACCAUGACCUCGCAGUCACCACCAUCUGCCAGCGGGAGCCCCAGCGGCAGUGGGAGCACCAGCCACUGUGACUCAGGAGGUGCCAGCUCAUCCUCUACUUCCUCCACAGCCCAGAGCCCAGCAGAUGCUCCCACAACUCCAGAACAGCCUCAGCCUCACCUUCCUGACCAGUUGGUGAUCGUAAGUGAAAUGGAAGCAGACUCCAAGCCCAGCAAGACUGUGGCCAGGGGCGCAGCCCUGGAGACAGCCAGCCUGUCCCCCAGCCUGGUCCCUGCCCCACAGCCCACCCUCUCCCUGCUCUGCGAGGAUACUGCCGACACACUGAGCGUCGAGUCCCUGACCCUGGUUCCCCCUGUCGACCCCCACAGCCUCCGCACCCUCACCAGCAUCCCCCCAUCACCCACUCCAGUCACAGUGUGCACAGGGCCCCCAGGUGAAGACACUGCAUGUGCAGAGCCUGCAGACCCUACCAGCCACUGAGUCGUGCUGGGGCCUCCCUUUGUAUGUUUGGCCCCCCUGGCAGGGACCCCAGUGUAGCUGAUUGGCAAGACGCAUCAGGAACAGCAACCAUCUCAGCCACCUGUCCUUGUGCCUCUGCAGUUGGAGGAAGACCGUGCUCCAUUUGAAUCUUCAGGAGCAGGCUGGGGCCAGUGGAGACCCCUCCCAACGAGUGCAGAGGAUGGUGGUGGCUGCCUCAGGAAGGAGAGUGGGGCCUUGUCUCUGAGCCAGCUGGAGUAGCAGGACCCACUGGUGCCUCUCUCUUCAGACCACUCCUCUGUCACCAUCCCCAGGACACUGAAGACUUGGGCCAGGUCACUUUAGGAGGAUUUGUAGAGAUGUGAACUUAGAUAAUACAUUUCCUUUGGAUAUUUAUUUCUGCUUUUGGCAGGAGAUGGAAAGCAUUUCUUUGAAAAGCAUCUAUUUUUUAAAAAGUCCAAAAAACUCUUCAACGCUAAGCUUUGAUGUCAUGUUAAAAGUGUAACAACACCGUUGAGAUUUCACUUUCAUUUUCACUCUCUCACCCUUCCCAGUGUUUACCUGCAGACUGCUCAAUGUGGCUUUCUCCAUUUAUUCAAGUGAUUUUUAUUUCUUUGUUACUUAGUAACUCUGCAAGCCUGUGGAAUGAGAAAGUACCUUCCUGGAAAUUUUAUUUUUUAAAUAAAAAUAAGGGGGAUACAUGUAUUCUCAGGUACACAGAGAGCUGAGAGGGCCACAAGUUUCUCUCCUGUUGCAGCCGAGAGGCCUGUGUUGCCUAUAGGAGGUCUCCCCUCAGAAGAGGAGGACACAGCCAGCUCCCUACUCAGGACAUGCUGUGUUCCUCUCUCUUUACAAAAGCCAGAUGGGGAUGGUUUCCAGCAUCGUCUUCAGUGUUGCCAUCUCUGUCCAAGAAAGAAUCACAACCACUUGCAGCCAUGAUGAAAGAAGAUAACACGCCCGCCCCCAUGUGUGGGGCCCAAGUGACGCCCAGAACCAGCACCCUCCCCAGCCUCAAAGGACAUGGCCUGAGAGGGACUCUGAGUCUGUCACCUCUUCCUCUCCACUACUGCUGCUCCUUUUAACAUGACACCACAGGUCCCUUCUUCGUGUGUGCUGGGUGUGAACAGGCUGGGAUGCAGGUGUGUCUGCUGCAGCACCAAGAUAGUCCUUUCUGCCUGGCCAGCUUGUAGCUGGACGUGGCUGAGUGAUUCCCCACCUCUCUGGUCAAUGGCAAGACCUUUCACAACUUUCUUCCAAAUAUGUCCACUAGGAGUGUUAGCAUGCAGGGUGUCAGUGUCUGCCAAAGCCCAGCAUUAUGGUGGCCCUAGGAGGCACCUCAAGAUCUCACCAUCUGCCUAUUAGAAGAACACAGUUCUUACCACCCCCAUCAAACAGCUGUCCUGCCAAGGCCAGCUUCAACCUCCUGAAGGAAACAGUGUUCCUGCCAAGAAGGAGCAGCAGCACCCUGGGACAGGUCUCACCAGGCAUCAGAAGCCCCCUGGGUGGGUGUGACACCAGUGUUCAUAGCCAUAGGCAUGAGGACCUUUGGCCUUCAACAGAGAAAAGAUGAAAGGGGCCAUGUGGGCAGAGAUUCCAAAGAAGGACAAGCCAUGACCAUCAGCAGAGCCCCUGGGGAGGGAAUAAAGAUGAGGCAGAGAAGGGCAAAGGCACCAAGGAGGAAGGACCCUAUUAUUGGGAUCUAGGUACCCUGUGCCCUGGCAGCCAGCCCACGUUUUAUAGGAAGGUGGAGCCCAUCCUGAGCUGGCUCACCCAGAGCCAUGUACUUCUCGUUUUGAAAUGAUUCUGUCUUUGGGGUGGCAGAAAUGAGAAAAGGCAAAUGACUCCCCUGCCCAGCGGCAUGACCAUAGCUCACCAAACACCACAGGGGUGGGCCCAGGCCCUCCCAGAUCUGCCACUAGACAUCCAGAGGUUCCAGCUGGCCUCGCUGCCACCGAGCACAGUAGAAAAGGGGCCUUGGGCAAGGAGUGGACAGCACCCCAGGAGAACCAUGCCCCUGACCAGAGGAAGCCUGACCUCCGAGAGGGCUUGUGAGGCCAUUCCCAGGAACCUGUUUCAGCUGAGGGCUGGCACCUGCCUCAGCACACCAGCAGGUGUGUAGGGUGGGGCUUCCCUUUAACCAGGAGCUCCCUGAUACUCAUCUUGUGCCAGGAGGUCUGAGAGCUCAGAGGAAGCAGACGGCCCUAUGGCUCUGAAGAAUCCCACCUCACCCAGGCACCGCUGUGUCUCAAGUACCCUGCAAACCUAACAACUAGGGCACUCCCAGACUGGCCUCCCCAGACAGGACAUACUGGGUCUCUGGCAUGGGACAGCAAGAGCUAGAAUGUGGGGUGGGCCUCAUUACAAACCCCUCCAGCCCACCACCUUUGAGUCCCUGCAGAGGGCACUUAUGGCCUGGACCCUGCCCCUCACAAAUCCACCAUUGGCCCACUGGGUGUGCCAUGUCAGUCUGGCCCCAUAGACCGCCCCCCCCCCACCAAACCUUGGCUUUGAAAGUUGUCGUAGAGACGUACAUGUCCUUUCUGGUUUGGAGGCACAGGCAGGCAGGUAGGCACCAUUCCCAGCAGGUCUAGGCAAAGAGGGGUCCUGUGAGCAGGCUGGCCCCCUCUGCACAGGGCUCAACACUUGUGUUAACAAAUGAUCCAGGGGCUAAGGGAGGAUACACCCGUGAGAUGUGUGCUGAACUUCUCUAAGAUGCACUGCCCUAAAGAAGGCAUGGAGUGAACUGAUUGUGAUCUUGUCUAGAUGCAAUAAAUAUGGAAUACUUAAGGUCGUCAUGUUGACAUGGGUAUAAACUGUACUGAUCCUUCUGUCCCUUUCAGCUAAAAAUAUGUAAAUAAUUUUUGUCCCAGGGAGGGGGAGGAGCAGGGGGGUAGGAGAGGUUGAUGCUUCUGAGCCUCGGGACCAUUCUAGGGAAGAACCUGCUUUUGCCAGCAUGACUCAUGCUUCGUGGAUACAGAACACGAGGGUGGAAAUGAAAACUGGAACUUUCUUGUAAAUUGAACUUGGCAAUAAAAGAGAAAAA